GAUGAAGCUCAUUGGGGAACGCUGCUUCUCUUUUUUAUUGUGUGGGGUAACCCUGUAUGUGUGACAUGGGUCUUUCACCUUAAACUUCAUUAGAUUCAACUUUUGGUCUGCUAUAUUCAUCGGAAUACCUCGAUUCAUAUUGGUAAAGAAUUAACUUUUCAUGUUAAGACCAUUUUUCUACUAUCGAUUCGUAAAAUCGGAUUUUAAAAUUAAGUAUUGGUGCUAGACUCAAACCAUGGGGAGCACUUUCAACAUCCAACCUGUCGCACGUUUUGGCGGCGAGAGUGAGCCUGUGAAAAGACCUAAGGAAAUAGCCUAUUUCUCAUAUGACCAAAAUCAUGAAUUCCAUCUUGACGACCGAUCACUUCAGUGGUAUUAUCCUCCCGAGAUUGGCGCCGAUCUAUCCAAAGGUUUCGACCAAUUUGAUAAACAUGACAAUUCCAAAGAUGAGCAUAUUGAUAGUCUGCUCAAGACAAUCAUGGCUCAUGAGGAAGAAGAAGGGAAGAAGAUCGACGCCCAGGUAGUUACUUGGCGCGGUAUGAUGACCAAGAUUAUGUCGGCUCCGUUCGAGGAUCGAGAUGGCUUUGAGAUGAAUGCUACUCUAUACCAAGACUGCGUCUUCAUCGAAGAGAACUUUGAGUAUUCGCGGGCGGCGAAAGCAGAGCAAGAACAACGUCAGCGACAGCAACAGCGGCGGGGCCAGAUGCCUCCAGACGUCAUGACGUAUUGGGGUGAGGAUGAGAAGACCAAUCGAUUGAUUACGGUUACUUACCCAUUCCUAGGUUAUAAGUUCGAGACUUUAUGCUGCCUACCACGUCCUUGGGGAGAGGUCAGCAGAGACUUCAUUGAGAAUAGAGACAAGGAAAUCGUUAGCAAUAAAGCACAGUAUUGCUCUGUUGUCCGUACUGGAAUCGGCAAAACGACGUUAUGUCUAGGAGGGGAGGUCGAUGCGAUCUGGGAUUCAAAACCAGAGCAAAAAGGGGCACCAAUCAAUUGGAUUGAGUUGAAAACCAGCGUCGAGAUUCAAAAUGAUAGAAGCAUGCAGAAUUUUGAACGCAAGCUCAUGAAAUUCUGGAUCCAAUCCUUUUUACUUGGUGUACCAAAGAUCAUCGUCGGCUUUCGCUCGCAACAGGGCAUUCUCACCAAGAUCGAAGAAAUCCAGACAGCUAAGAUCCCCGAAACGGCCGCCAAACGUGGGGUUAGGAGUUGGAAUGCCGACAUGUGCAUUAAUUUCGCCAGUGCCUUUCUAGAAUGGUUAAGAAAUAACAUCAGCGAUGAGGGUGUCUGGAGAAUAAGACGGCGACCUAAUUCACAGACCAUUGAAGUAUUCCAAGUUGAAGAAGCUGGUCACGGCAUGAUUCUCACUGACGAGUUCAUCAAUUGGCGUAUAAAACUGGGUUUGAAAAGCCAACCCGAAUAAUCGCUGAGUUGAAUUACCAAGAUACUGCAUGUCUAAUCCCUAUCCAAAACCAGGGCUCCUUCCUAUUGAUACCCUACCAUAAGUUCUAUGUAUAUAAUGCAUAUCGAUUAUAUGCGACAUAUGGUUAGCUUAUUAUAUCUAAAAAUGUACUUGUUCUAGAUGCGAUUCAUUUAUUU